AUGCCAUAUGAUCGUGAUAGAAAUUCAUAUUAUCCACUACUUUAUAUUUUAGUUAUCCAGCAAAACAAAGAAAAAAUUAAGGCUGAAAAACAGGAACGUAAGCGUCGUUUACUGCAUGAACAAACAAUUCUCAAAGAAGUUGAAAAGGAAGCCGGCCAAUCAACUAUAAACUCUGUCCUCACUGAUCUGCCAGAUAUUGAAACUGAUAGUUAUGAAGAUGCUUCAAAAAACAAGUCGAGUACACCUAUUUUUCAAGAGUGGUCAGAGGUCGAUGUAAACAACCUAGUCCGUGCUGUGAUUCGAUAUCCUGGUGGUGUACCUGGAAGAUGGGAACGUAUUGCAGAGUCUUUAGGUCGUAGUGUCCCUGAUGUUGUUCGUAAGGCGAAGACUUUAAGCAAAGAACUAUUGUCUAUAUCUCAAAGAAAUAUUAAUACUGACGAAAUCCCCGUUUUCGAGACCAAUGUCAAUCCAGUUUGUGGUGAAACCGAUUCUGAACUAAGUGACAAUGAAUCUGACGACUCAGAGGAGAAAAAUGUAUCAAAGAAAAGACUUCGAAAACGUCAAUUGAGACGAAAAGAGGAAAAUGUAUCAGUCAUUCAAGAGGAUGAUGAAACUGACGAGGAUCCGGAUCAAAUUGAUAAGAAUGAUGAUCCCACCUCUGAUGUUGUUGUUAUCGAUGAACCAUAUAUGAGCCGUAAAAAGCUUAAACAACAAAAAGAUGUCACUACCUCGAAGCCUGUAGAACGUAAACCUGUUAAAAGUGAUGAUGGAUGGACUAAAGUAGAACAACAACAGCUUGAAAUUGCUAUCCGCUCUAUUGGCAAGGGAACACCGGAACGAUGGGAUCGGAUCACCGAAUGUAUUCCUACAAGAACAAAGGAUUCACAACAAAAGUGUUGUCAUGGUAUUAUCUUAGAGAAGGAAAAUAAACCUUAA